UGUGAAAAAUUUGGGGAAAGGGGACGACAUCCGAAGAGAGGGAAAAUAGACAGACGGAAAUAAGACCAAGCAGUGACUCUAGAGAGAGAGAGAGUGUGUGUAGAGUGAUAGGGAAGUAGAGAAAGAUCGAUUAUCAUCAUCAUCUCUGAAACUCAAACACAAAAUCAACCAACCAACGCAAAGAAGAUGUGGAGAAAUAGGAAGAGAAAGGAUGAGGGUGAUUUCAUCGACGACGGAGACGUCAAAGCCAGAAAAAACCCUAAAAAAGCUUCUGCCGCUGAUGAUUCUGACAGCAUCGUGAUUUGUGAGAUCUCAAGGAACAGGAGGGUUUCUGUCAGGAAUUGGCAGGGGAAAGUUGUGGUGGACAUUCGUGAGUUUUAUGUGAAAGAUGGUCAGGAAUUUCCUGGCAAAAAAGGUAUCUCCUUAUCCAUGGAUCAGUGGAACAUACUCCGGGAUCACGUGGAAGAAAUUGACAAGGCAGUGGCAGGGGAUUCAUAGUGGCUGGAGCAGUGCAAGGGAGUAGCAGCAGCAGUUUAACGUCAUUUCCAUUUUGUAACUUUGUAAAUGAUGCUAGUCGGAAAACAACUACCUGCUGGAGAUAAAACAAUUGCUAUUAGUAGUUACUAUUCAGUCCUGCUGCAGGGGUUUCACUAACUAAAACUUGGGAAAGAACCAACCCAGUCUAUUUUCCUUCUGUUUAGUUGUUUCACUAACUAAAACCCCUGCACAACCAACCCAGACUAAUUUACUUUUGUUGGUUGUGUUAGAUGAUAACAGUUGUGCUACUCUUUUUUCAGUUAGAAAGUUAUCCAUUGCCUAUUUUGUUUGACAA